AUGCCCAAGAAAUCUGCAGCCGAGCUCAGCGAGUAUGAGUUGCAACGACAGGAAAACAUAGCNAAAAAUCAGGCUCUGCUUCGUCAAUUGCAACUCGAAGCUGCAUCCGCUGGCAUCGCGCCCAAGAAACCCUCACGCGCCACUCCUGACAAGGCUGCCAAAAGAAAGAAGACGCCUGUGCANAAAGUAAAAGAAGAGGUUCAGCCACGGAGAACAUCGAGUCGAUUGCGAGGCAUUGUUGCAGACAGCGAGAUAGCAAAAAGAAAGGCAGAGGAAGAGUCGGAACUGUUGGCUCAAGCCGAGCGAGCCAAACGACAGCGUGUCUCUGAUGAUCUGCGUUUCUCAGAUGUCGUUGUGGCAGGAAAAGACUGGGAUCAGAGUGGCAACUUCCUGCGACUCGUCGGUCCUGCCAAUCCGGGCGAACGAACAUUCACCGCCCAAGAUGUCAAGGAAACCACCGACAAGGAACUGAAGGAGCUCCGAGAACGCAUGAGCAAUCUGGAAUUGUGGGAAGGCUUCGAACCAAACCGGAUUAAAAUCACGCCCGAGAGAAUCUACUCUCUGGGCUUUCAUCCAACCACUGACAAAGCCCUUGUCUUUGCUGGAGACAAGCUAGGAAGCUUGGGUCUNUUUGACGCCUCGCAACAACCUACGCCUAAUGUAAAGAACGAAGACGACGACGAUGACGAAGACAGUGAGGAAGCCAAACCCUCAAUUACGACCCUCAAGAUCCACACACGCACGAUCUCUGCCUUCCAAUUCUCCCCUCACGAUCCAAACGCUUUAUACUCUGCCAGUUACGACAGUUCGAUCCGCAAACUCGACCUUCAAAAGGGUGUGGCUGUGGAGGCCUAUGCGCCCAUCUCGAAGGACGACGAUGAACCUCUCAGCGGCGUCGAGAUGUCACAGUUCGAUCCCCAUACUCUCUUCUUCAGUACCUUGAAUGGAAACUUUGGCCGUCACGACACAAGAUCAAAGCCAGGCAAAGGCACAGACAUAUUCGCCUUGUCAGAAAAGAAGAUCGGAGGCUUCAGUCUUAAUCCCGCACACCCUCACAUCUUCGCUACCGCAUCACUAGAUCGCUACCUACGCCUCUGGGACCUGAGAAUGUUGAAAGGAGAUGGUGACGAUAGAGCGCCAGUAGAGAUCGGAGCUCACGAGAGCAGAUUGAGUGUUUCUCACGCAGCCUUCAACUCGGCAGGCCAGAUUGCUACGGCGAGUUACGACGAUACAGUAAAGAUCUAUGACUUCAGCAGUGUUGGAACAUUGGCUGCUGGCACAGAGCUGAACGAAGAACAAAUGACACCAACGACUAUCAUCCCUCACAACAACCAGACUGGCCGUUGGGUCACCAUGUAUGUAUACCUCUUCUCUUUCUGGGCUAGGGGUCUCUUGCUGAUAUUGAAUCACAGUCUUCGCGCGCAAUGGCAACUUCAACCAGCCGACAAUAUCCAACGCUUCGUCAUUGGUAACAUGAAUAGAUUCGUGGAUGUGUAUGCUUCAAACGGACAACAAUUGGCUCAGCUUGGAGGCGAAGGCAUUACUGCUGUGCCUAGUGUUGCACAAUUCCACCAGAGCAAGGAUUGGAUCGCUGCAGGCACUGCUAGUGGAAAGCUGUGUCUGUGGAUGUAA